AUGAAGAGAAUCCUGUACCAUGAUCAAACUCUCUGGAUUCAGUCAUCCCUGGCCAGGAAGAAAAGUUCAAAACUCCUCGGACCUGCCCAGUACAUUAUGUCAGCUGUCAAUGACACCAAAUUCACACCUGCUGUGUUCCUUCUCACCGGGAUACCUGGGCAGGAAGACGUACAUCUCUGGAUCUCUGUCCCCUUCUGCUUAAUGUAUGUUAUUUCCAUAGUAGGAAAUUCAGUCAUUCUGUUCAUUGUAAAAACAGAUCCAAGCCUCCAUGAGCCCAUGUACAUUUUCCUUUCCAUGUUGGCGAUCUCAGACCUUGGCUUAUCGAUAUCCACCAUGCCAACAAUGCUGGGCAUAUUCUUGUUUAACUUUAGGGAGAUCAGCUUCGAUGCUUGUUUUGCCCAGCUGUUCUUCAUCCACACGCUUCAGUGCAUUGAAUCCUCUGUGCUCUUGUUGAUGGCCUUUGACCGCUUCAUCGCGAUCCGUGACCCGCUGAGAUAUGCUUCCAUCUUAACCCUGCCAAGAAUAGCCAAGAUGGGACUGGUGUGUGUGCUAAGAGGGGUGGCUGUAAUACUCCCACUCACCAUUCUCCUGAAACAGUUCCGAUACUGUCGAACCAAUGUCCUCUCCCAUUCCUACUGCCUGCACCAGGAGGUCAUGAAGAUGGCUUGUUCGGACAUCAGAGUCAACAAUAUCUUUGGCUUGUUUACCAAACUUGUAACAAUGGGGUUGGACUUGCUGCUCAUCUUCCUCUCUUAUGUGAUGAUCCUCAAAACAGUGCUGAGCAUCGCGUCCCAUGAUCAAUGCCUCAGGGCCUUGAACACCUGCGUCUCCCACCUCUGCGCCAUCCUGCUGUUCUACACGCCAGACAUCAGCCUGGUCGUGAUGUACAGAUUCUGGAAUAGCUCUUCUCACUUGCUUCAGAUUGUUCUGAGCUAUAUCUCUCUGCUGAUCCCGCCCCUGAUGAACCCAGUUGUGUACAGCGUGAAAAGCAAACACCUUCGUGCGAGGAUAAUCAGGGUGUUUGUCAAGUGA